GAUACUGAAGGAAAACUAUAAAAUCAGAAAAUAUUGUUGAUUGCUACAAAUUGUCUAACGGAAAAGCCUUGUAGAAGUGCGCGGAUAUGACCCAUCGCGUUAAAGUCUUCUACAAACAGUGCAGAAAUCUGAUUUGUGCUCUUUUUGUGAAAGACAUCAACAGAAUUGAAUAUACCCGCUCAUUUCUAAGGGCAUCUUCAGCGGUGGUUCAAAUCGCUGUUUUGUUCUAUUUUUUUGGAACAAACCCAAAUUCACUGCUGCACCGGUGGUGUAAAUUUUAUUUUAUACCAGAUCUAAACUGGAAAAUUUUAAAACUGGUAGUUUCACAUUAGCGUUGUGCGGGUGUUAAACAAAUGAACAAUGCAUAGAUUAAUCACAAUUAAUUCGAAACACUUUAUGAAACUUAUUUUGCUACUUGAUGCAUCCUGUUUGUGGCUUUUGUUUUUUUAAGCAUGUCUCAGUCUCAGUGCCAGUCGCAAUCGGACAACAAACGAGGGAAAAACUGGUCCGAAGAAGAAAACGAACAGCCCUGUCGUUCUUGGGUGAAAGUAACUAAAGACCCUAUCAAAGGAACCGACCAGCAGAAGGGAGAAUUCUGGAAGGCCGUAAAGGACCACGCUCAGAUUCAACUAUCGUCCUUUGCAAAUCGACCGACGGAUGGUAUACGUUAACGGUUUGUAACCAUCAGCCAUCAGGUAGCCAAAUACGUUGGCUGUUCAGCCUUCGUCAACCGCCUCAAUUGUAGUGGGACUACCAAGGACGAUCAGUAUCAAGAGGCCAGAAAAAUGUUCCUGGAAGACACUGGACUGAAAACAUUCAAAAUACAGGCAUGCUAUGAUAUCCUUAAGGACGAGCCUAAAUUCAAAGAGCUGCAAGAUUCGAAGAAUUUGAUAAAGCGGAAACGGAAGGCGAAUAUCUCCGCGAUCGAAGAAGAUGCACCUGUUGCUUUACCUAGUGAUGAUGAUACCCAACCCUCAACAUCGAAUACUAUCCGUACAGCACGACCGGUUGGACAGAAAAAAGCAAAAAUGCUACAGCAAAACAAAGACACAACGUCUGAGGCUUCGUGGGACAAAGUAUUACAGGAAAUAAAAAGAAAGAAUGAAAUACUUGAACGGCAAUCAAAUGAGAUUCGACGUGCUUCAGACAUAAAAAUAAUCACUACUCCAAUCGAAGGACUGGACGAAAUGUCAAAAAGCCUUCUACUUCAACUGAAGGCAGAGCUGGUGGUCAAAUUUAAUUCGAAUAGGACUGAAGAUUUUCUCGAUGAUAGAGCCUCCUCGUCGAAUUGUGUCGAUUUCGAGUCAGGUUGUAUUGGAGAGCCGGAACCCGAAAAAGAUACUGAUGUUCCGGUUUAAAAUACAAAUCUUCAAAUGAAAUAAUUUAAAAUGUUUUGUUUCA